GGCUCUUAUUUUCUUCUAAAUUGCAAUUUUUAACUUGCUGCUUCAAUUUGCCCUCUCACUCCUCAUCCGCAGCCAAAUCCUAGAAACCGCCAUCAAUUUGGACGAGUCCUCGCCGGAGAAGUUGCAUCUCCGCCGAUCGGGACUCCUCCGGUUUCUUCAUCUCAUCGCAAAUCCGGUGCUUCUGUCACAGUCUGUCGGUUCCAUUCAUUCAGCCAAUUUGAUGGACCAGUACGAGAAAGUUGAGAAGAUUGGAGAAGGAACAUAUGGUGUGGUUUAUAAAGCUCGGGACAAACUAACCAACGAGACAUUGGCUCUGAAGAAGAUCCGCCUUGAGCAAGAAGAUGAAGGUGUACCAAGCACUGCUAUAAGAGAGAUUUCUCUGUUAAAAGAGAUGCAGCAUGGUAAUAUUGUCAAGUUGCAGGAUGUGGUGCACAGCGACAAGCGUUUGUAUUUGGUAUUUGAGUACUUGGACCUAGAUUUGAAAAAACUUAUGGACACAUGUCCUGAGUUCUCAAAAGAUCCACAAAGGAUCAAAUCAUUCCUCUAUCAAAUUCUUCGUGGAGUUUCGUACUGUCACUCUCAUAGGGUUCUACACAGAGAUCUGAAGCCCCAAAAUUUACUGAUUGAUCGUCGAACCAAUUCGCUAAAGCUUGCUGAUUUUGGGCUGGCUAGAGCUUUUGGUAUUCCUGUUAGAACAUUUACACAUGAGGUGGUGACUCUCUGGUACAGGGCGCCCGAGAUAUUAUUGGGAUCCCGCCAGUACUCUACUCCUGUUGAUGUAUGGUCUGUUGGAUGCAUCUUUGCUGAGAUGGUUAAUCACCGGCCACUAUUUCCUGGAGACUCAGAAAUUGAUGAACUAUUCAAGAUUUUCAGAAUUAUGGGUACCCCAACUGAGGAAACGUGGCCAGGAGUGACUUCCAUGCCUGACUAUAAAUCUGCUUUCCCCAAAUGGGCUCCUAAGGACUUGGAAACUGUCGUCCCAACUCUGGAUCCAGCCGGCAUCGAUCUUCUUUCUAAAAUGCUCCAAAUGGAUCCGAGCAGAAGAAUCACAGCGCGGGAUGCGCUAUUGCAUGACUACUUCAAGGACCUUGAAUGUAUACCCUAGGUAUUCAUCAUCCUCUCUUCGCAUUGAACUCUCUCUCUCUCUCUCUCUCUCUAUGUGUGGUGUUGUCUUUAUAUAUAUGUUGUGUCUACUAGCCUACUAGGUUCAUGUUUGCGUGAAACAAUUGUUUUGAUUCCUUCUGAAAUUAGUGUUACUUCUCUAUUCUGAAAAUUUCUUUGAAUCUUAAUUUUGAUCUGAUUCAA